AUGGCGCCUAUAGAAACCGAAAACUUCUUGUCGUACGAGGCCGGCCCUGAGGUUGAAGAGUUCGCCAACGCGCUUGACGACUGCCUCUCUCUUCCACUUUCCACUGAAGAGCGACGAGAACGAAUUCUCGACCUCCCACGAAAGUACUAUGAGAAUUCUCUCAGACGCCUAGCUCAAGUGCGACCGCGCAUGGUGCGCGAUGGACAAGACGACGUUGAUAUGGAUGCGGAUGAAAUCGAUCCUGUUAAUAACAAUCCUGCAUCAGCAGAUCUUAUCAAACGUCUGGAGAAGGAAGCACAGACAUGGGAUCUACUACGACGGCUUCUUCCGCUAAGAUAUCCGCGCCCUGAAGUUGAUGGAAAGACUCUCGGCACCAAACAUGGCCUCCAGGAUCCAGAAGACCUACUUGGAAAUUUUCUCAUUAGCGAUUCUUCAGCGCGCGAACGACAGGCAGUUAUACAAUGGCUUCAGAACAAUGCUGCUUCUGGCCCGGAUAUCGACGAACUUGCGCGUGAGCUUCAGCAGAAUGCCGACCGGGGAGAUAUCAUCGCUCAUGGUUGGCUUCACACUCGCUCACAAAUCAAGCUUCGAAAGAGUGUCACAGCUUGGCCACAUCUUCUGGACCGUCAAUCACCAGACAUUGCGACCUCGUUUCACAACUCUGAUGGCUCACCUCUGGUGACGCAAUUGGAUCCCGAUGCUGCGACCCGCCAAGGACGCAAGCUUGAACCUCAAGACGAGUAUUUCGAGCGUGCUAUCUGGCUUGGCUGCUUCGAGCAUCUCCGACGAGGGUCUAAUCUAGAGACUAUCCGUGAAUGGUGUCAAGAGAGGACGGAGAUGUGGCGAGCCAUUUCCACAUCUGCUGUGCUCGUCUCGGCCGACGACACUCAGACAUUUUCCAACACAAACCCAGCAUCGCUCGCCCUAUGGAGGCGAAUGUGUUUCAGUCUUUCUCGAUCUGGUGGCUGUGAUGACUACGAACGUGCAGUUUACGGUGUCCUUUCAGGAGACAUUUCCACCGUCGAGAAGAUCGCACUAACCUGGGACGAUUUCCUCUUUGCCAAUUACAACGCUCUCCUGCGCACCCAACUAGACAACUACAUCCUUGGACAAUGCCCACCUGACGUGGCCUCGAACCUGACACAGUCCUUUCCCUCCUUCGACGCUGUUCAGUUCCAUGGUGAGCCAGAGACAGUCGAUAAGCGUCUUAUCCGAGCCUUGGAGUCCAACCCCCAGAUCCGGGCUGAAGCCAAUGAGCCCAACAAGGCUUUACAAGCAUCGCUGGUCGCCAAAGAGAUUGGCCGGCAUCUUUAUGAGCAAGGCGUGAUCAUAUCUUCAAGUGCAAACCAAAGCGAAUCAAAUCUUUUCAGAUGGAAGCCUGAAAACAUCGAGCUGAACAAGGAGAAGUUUUUCCAGUUUACUCAACACUACGGACUAAGAAUUGUUGCCCAUAUUUACCUCCUCAUCAACCUACUAGACAAGCUGCACUCUAACGAUGAUUCACUCGCCCCUGCGUCCUCCCAGCCUGGAGUGAGACGUGCUCAGCAGAACCUCCUUGCUGGUUAUGCCAACUACUUGCGCCUUGCUCAGCUUCAGGAGUUGAUACCCCUUUACUGCUCAAUUCUGGAGCCCCCUCGAUCAUACGAGGUGCUGAGCUAUAACCUCAUCCCUGAAAGUGACAAUCAACAACGCCUGUUGCAGCUCAAACUUAUCAAGAAGGCGGGCAUUGACGUACUUCAGUUUGUCAAAACUCAAGCCUGGCUGAUGUAUGAUGACCUCGGCCCACCUCAGCAUGGAUGUCCAGCCAAGGGAUCCUUCAGUAUCAUCGCACCAGGUCCACCCACAGCAAGACGAGGUCGACCUGUGAAAGCGGAUUUCUUUGGCGACGACGAGAAGUUUAUCGACACAGCACACGAAAACCUCAUACGAUCACUAGAAUGGCUUUUGCUAGUGCAAGAAACAUGGCCAAGUGUUUUCUCAAUGGGAACUAGAAUAUACAAGUUCUUCUUGCGAAACAUGCACCUCAACGCUGCCCGCCAACUGAUGAAGCGGGUGUCCUUUACGGAUGUUUUGCAGGCAGCCACAGAAGAUAGCAGUGAAGAGAUGGAUAUGUACGAAGACAUCCCCGAGUUCUGGACUAAGCAGCUUGAGCGGAGAGAUAUUCGUGACGUGACACCCCAGCAAGCGCUCUCAGACGCUCGCAAGUUCCGCGAACUGGAGAAUCUAGUACGAGCCUUGGAUAGCCUCGAGACAGUUGCAUCAUUGGCCGAGCUCACAAAUGAGGAACAAAAGAAGAAUGCUGGUUUCUGGCCUGCUAUAGGAGAGGAGGUCAAGAACACUAGGGAGAACAUGCAGCCCUUGCUCAAGGGCUGGCUCUUAGUGGGCAUUGAGGAAGGUGAUCAAGAACUACGAGAUCUUCGCCAGGCGUAUCUUUCUGAGACAGUUCUGGCAUAUAUCGGCACGCUGCACUUCGCAGGUACUGGCUUAUCUCGGGACAACCUCUUGGAAUGUAUGGAGCUCGCCUCUGUUGUUGCAGAGCGCGACUCGGAUCUCUCCACAGCAUUCGUAGAAGCCAGAAGAAUGAAGGAACUGGUAGAGUUAUUUGCGGCGUGCAGUAAGGCACUAGCUAUCAGCACUACUGGCGAGAGAAGAACGACGGGUACCAGCAGCAAGAAGGUGCGAGAGUUGGGUUGGUCCCGAGACUUGUGGUCCGUCAAGCCAUAA